GCUCUGACGAAUAUAAAACUUGGUCCCGCGGUCUACAAAAACUCCCCUGAGUUGUCCCCGUGGACAGUAACGAGCGGCCUUCCCUUACACCUAAGUCAAAACAGUUUCACAACCUGCGGCGUUAGCAACGAAACAAACACCCACCAGCAAUCAUGCCUUCUGAAAAAGAGCUGCAGGAUGAAUGCAAGGCUGCUGGUAUCAAUUGUGAGGGGAAAGUUGCAGAUCUGAUCCAGCGCCUCCAGGACUAUAGGAACCAGGAGCUCAGUUCUUCACCAUCUCAUGCGAAUUUAAGGAAGGAGGAAAUGCUGGUUACCCAAUCCACGGUCGGCGAUGCGGAGAUCAUGGAGCGAGAAGUCCAAGCUGGAUCCAAGAUCCCACGCGAUAAGAACACCCAGGAUUUGCCGAUGGUCGGAGGAGAUAUCUUGGGUGGCCAUUCCCGGAGCCAGGGUCUCGCUGGACUGGCCGAGCGUAUUCGUAUACUGGAGGCGAGAAGUGUUCUUAAGGACCAACGGCUCUCCAUGCUCAAGGAGCGAGAUUUGAUGCUAGAUCAGGAGAUCUCAUUGCUUCAAGACACUGUCUCGACAUUGAAACUUGCAGGAGAGGCUUAUAGGCAGGUGCGGCAGAGAUUUGUCAGCACCUUUAUCCGGGACAAGCUAGGAUGUGCGAAGCAGUCUGAUCAUGAUCUCAUUAACGAGGUCCAUGGCUUGGCGCAUGGGGGUGAUGCUGUUGUUGAUGCUCUCCUCUACGAAGGGAUUGGAGCAAGAGAAGAUACCUACGCAUUUGAAGAUCUAUAUGGAAUACACCCGUCUGAUAUAAAGAGAAUUUGUGAGUAACUUAUACUAUCUCCUAUCUCAAUAAUUCUGUGAAUAUUAUGAGUCAGAAGUCACAGAUUAGAGGAUUGAUGGAGAUUAUGAAUUUGGCGAGUUUUUAUGGUACUCAAGUAUUAAGACUGACUUCUCUAGGGGAUCCGGAAACAAUUGAAAUUCUGAACUUGCAUGCGACGGUACGAGCUAGUAAAGAAAAAACGGGGACCGACCAGUUCUACAAGAAGUUUGCCGAGUUCAUACGGGAAUUGAAAUGGUCGAGUUUUAACUCGAACUAUUUACUUGCCGAUCCUACCGACCGCGUGCAUAUCGCAUACUUGUCAUUGCGGAAGUGCCAGAUAUAUCAAGAAUCUGCAUGAAGGUCAGUUAUUAUUACAUGCGUUUUGCUUUGGAGAAAAUGCUAAUACUGUAGCCAUGCAGCAGGUCAAACUUGUUUUUUUCUGAUUUUCUGUUUUUGUUCUGACGUUCUGGGUUCGGGGGUGCUAAGCGGAGCGGGGCUGUAGAGCGGUGGGUUUCGCAUAUCUAGGGGUGUUGCUCUACCCGGGAGUGCCUGGGGGUUGGCUUAACAAACUUAAUCAACAAUGCGUUGUUAUGGAAGUGGUUGCUGUUCACCCAGCAGCAUGUGUAAAUGAAAUAGAGAGGGUAAAUCAACUAUGUUGAUUCGUUCUAUCUCCUUUCUAUCUCUGGCUUUCUUGUCUUGUCUUGGCUGUUUGUGAGGGUGGCGUGCUGGGCUGGCUGUUGCUGCUUUGGUUCAUCCUGUCGCUUCUGCAGAUUCUAUUUCACUUUUUUUCUGCCCGAACACCGUGGCUGUUUUGCUGAGAUCUCUGAAUAUGCAUUAUUACCUAUAGUGGAGUUUCAACACAGCUGUAACUCGACAAGUGAAUUGAAAACAGUUUCCUCAGUGUGGGGUGUUCAACCGAGAUGGAGUAAUGAGGAUUCCACUUUCUUGUUUCUCACUGGUAUGAGUGAGUUAUCUCAAUAUAGGGACAAAUAUAGGGCGAGAACACAAUCUCCUUUGACCGUUGUGUCUACAAACCCUCAAUACCAUCCGCUCUCUUCACAAUACUCUCGGGGCUGCUGCCUAUACAUGGACAACAACACAAUCAACAUACAACAUGGCAUUGGAGGAAUCAAAGGGCUGGGUGUUACUAUGAUAUUCUGACUUACAAAGAACUGUGCUACUGGCGAUUUAUCGU